AUGGCGGACCCUCUAUCCAUAGCCGCCAGCGUCGCUGGCCUUAUCACGCUGGCCACAUCAACCGUGAAGCUGGCCAAGACGAUGUCAGACCGAUACACUGAGAAAGCAGCCGCCUCUAUACGAGGUAACGCCGAAAUUCUUGACACCGCUCUCACCCGGAUAAAUAAGAGCCUUGAAGACCAAACUUACACAGGUCCAGGGGAGGAGGCUCUCAGAGAGCCUGUCGAGUCUUGCGCGAGGAGCCUGCGAGAUAUUGAGAUGCAGUUCCAAAAUCUUGAUAUGAAGGGGAACUUCAUCAGUAAUAUGGCCGGCCGACUGGCUCGUCCGGAUAUACUGAAGGAGAUACAAAAGUUGCAGGUCUCUUUGGAAGGACAGAAGACGACCCUUCUUAUUGCAAUGCAGAACUGCUCAGGGGAGAGCCAAAACAAGAUGUUGCACAUGAUAUUUGGCGCCAUCGAGGACCUACGAUCCAUCAUCAAAAAAGAGCAGGUCACAAAUGAGCCUGUUAGUGACCAUGCCAUGAAUGCCCAAACAACAAACAGCAUCGAGAAUACAAGCGUCGAGUCUGUGGUGCAGACGUAUGCUUCCUUUGACGACUGGCUGUCGAGUUGGACGGUGGCAGAAGAAAAUCAAGGCACUCUGGCGGCACCAGUAAGCGGCGAAUCAUCACAAAACAAAGGUCCGACCGCGAACUCCCCGACUGUACCAAGCGGUCCACAACGUGUGAAGUUGAUUAUUGAAGGUCUCCAGCAGGCAGGACACGAAGGAGCGAUCACGAAGGAGAUCAUCACCACCAGUGACACGUCGUUAUGCGAUAUCAUCUCUGAACUCGAUGAGACACUUUCGCAAACCGUAGUGAAUAAACUCAGCAAUAACCAUCAUGAAUACGAACGAAUAUGCGGAUUCAUAGAUACGGAGAAUGGCGCCAAGUUCCCGCCGUUUAUGCCCCGGGACGCUUCAAUUGUGACUGUCACAGAUGGCAGCAGCUCCUAUAUCGUUCGUGAUGGGCUGAGGGUGAAUCGUCAUGAAAGGCUUAUCGACUUUUACAACGAAUGUAUACGGGCAAAUGUGUAUCCAAAAACUUCGACAUCGCCACUUGUCAAGAAAAAGUCAUCCAGAAUUGUGGUGCGCAAUGCAUUUGAUCCUCAGCACUGCACCAACAUUACGUUCCAGAGGACUUUGCGACUUCCGAAUGACAGGCAUUUUCAACGUUCACCAUCGAUUUCGAGGAGGUGGCAACCCGGGAUCUAUCGUUCUGAACAUAACAGUCACAGGUACAGUAGUUCCAAAUACAACAGUUUUGAACAUGGCAACCCUUAUUAUGGAUACUCUAAAGAUAGUAGGGCUCCAGGAACUUCCGACUUCUUGGGCUCAUUCCCCUUAUUCAACGUUGAGGACUAUAAAGAAAAGCUACCACCGGAAAUGCACGAAAAGGGAGGGAUGUUCUUCCCCAUCUUCCAAAGAGAAGGCCUCGCCAUUUCGUUUACAAAAGGCGAGCCAACCGAGGCUGAUGACUAUGGUGGUGCUGAGCAAUUUGCCAUCAGGGUUUAUGCUGGAUCUAUCAACUGCUUUUCAGGAAAAACAGCAACAGAAACAGGAGCAAACGAACAAGACUAUGUGAUUUGCCCAAUGCAGAAAAGGCUAGAUGGUUACAAGGAUGAUAUUGAUGGGACUAGACAAUUUGUUGCCAUGCCUCUUGGAUGGCAAUAUUCCGCCGAACACCAGAUUACAGGAACAGAGGGCGUUGGCGGGAUACAACUACAGAUCGCAGCCCCUCUCUGGGACCAUGUCGACUUCCGUGUACAUGAGGACUUCUGGAGAUUGGGUCGCUCUUUACGCUUUACAGACAGUGCCUCGGAUUCGGGCCUGGAAAAUGGUUCAGUCAUCGUCAUGUCCAACUUCAAGACAGAUGCCAAGCUGCACAGCGCUUGCGAGAUCUUAUCCAUCAACGGUAGCCAGCAACGAAGCCGUCCUGACUAUUACCCCACGACUUGUGGCAUUUCUCGUUUUGAACCUCCUCAAUACACUUACCACGUCAACGACAGCCGUUCUCGCCGGGUCUCUACCGUUCAGGACUUAAUUCAGAUGAGAGGAAAGCAAGGCGCCGAUCCAACUUCUAGUAUAUGA